CGUCUUAAAUCCAGAGCUUUUGAUUCUCCUCUUUACGCGAUCUGUGUCCGCCACAAGUCCUGCUCUUUGGAUUUUCCGGCAAAACGGGCGAGAAAAUUCUCAGGCUAUUCUCUGAGUGAAAGGUAAGGGAUGGACUCCUUUCUCGAAGGGAUGGAUCGUGAAUCAUUCGAGUGCCCCUUUUAUGCGAAGGAGAUCCAGAGAUGUCCUUUCUUGAGGAACAUCGACAAGCCUACCCACUUUUCGCUCUCUCCCUUGAGUUUUCCCAUUCCGGUGCCGGGAGCUAGAGGUCCGAUUUUUGAGGACGGUCCCAGUUUCGAUACGGCGUUUAAAGUCUUCCAUGGGAAGGAUGGGAUUGUGCCGCUGUCUGGAAGGUCUAGUUUUGAUAAUGAUGAUGAUCUUAAGGAACAUGAGACUGCUAUUGUUCAGCCCACACAAUUCAAUCCAUUAGCAGGAAAUGUAGCCACAAUAAGCCUGUCGGCGUUUGGCCCCGGAGGGCCUUUCAGCUUCGGCCCCUUCUCGGAUAAAUGGAAGAAGCAACAGAAGAAACCUAAACCAUCCAACAACAAACAAGAGCCUUCUUCAAAGUCAGGGGAUUCAUCAAAGCAUGAGGCUUUCGGGGACGAGUGGUUGAAAACUGGAAACUGUCCGAUUGCCAAGUCAUUCAGAGCAGUGAGUGGGGUCCUCCCUCUCGUGGCAACAGCUCUACGGCCGCCACCUGGCAUGAAGCUGAGAUGCCCGGCUCCCAUAAUUGCUGCGAGGGCCGCCCUUUCCAAGACUGCCUUGGUGAAGAACUUACGGCCACAGCCCUUACCCGCCAAAAUGCUGGCCAUUGCUCUCAUGGGCAUGGCAGCAAACGUGCCACUCGGUGUAUGGAAAGAACACACGGAGAAAUUCUCACUGUCAUGGUUCGUGGCCAUCCAUGCAGCCGUGCCAUUCAUAGCAAUGCUUAGGAAAUCGGUACUGAUGCCCAAGACGGCCAUGGCUCUGACCAUCGGAGCUUCAAUCAUGGGACAGAUUAUCGGGUCAAGAGCAGAACGUUACCGUCUCAAAGCAGCAGCGGAAGAGAGACAGAAGGCAGUGGCUGUUUCGGGGUACAGUGGCAGCCAAACUGAAGGUGUUUCCGGCAGCCACUGCGGUUCAGGGGAAGGAGUGAAGGAUGUUUAUCAUGUCAAUGUCGGGGAAAUCUACUAAAUCGGCCGGUCUCUGUUACCGAAAUGGGAAGGCAGUGAAGAAGUCAGCAAAAUAUGAUUUAAAUAAGAUGAUUCCAGUAAUCAGAUUGUACGGACGA